AUGCACGACAAUGUCACAGAAUUAAUCGAUCCAGAACAACCAAAUGAAGAACCAAGAAAAUUUGCCUUCGAUUUUAGUUAUUGGUCACAUGAUGACUACGAGGAACAAGACGAUGGCUAUCUUGCACCCACCCAUCCCCAUUAUGCUGAUCAGAAAAAAGUAUUUGAUGACUUAGGCCGAGGUGUACUCGACAAUGCUUGGAAUGGCUUUAAUAGCACACUAUUUGCUUAUGGCCAAACUGGUUCCGGGAAAUCUUAUUCCAUUGUUGGAUAUGGAAAAAAUAAAGGUAUCGUACCCUUAUUUUGCGACGAAAUGUUUAAAGGUAUAGAAGGAAAGAAAGAGAGCGGCGACAGUUCUGAAUUUGAGGUCUCUUUUAGCAUGUUAGAAAUCUAUAAUGAGCAGGUUCGUGACCUACUUAAUUCUAAAUCCAAGUCCAAGAAAGGAUUGAGAGUUCGUCAACAUCCCAAAAAAGGAUUUUACGUACCAGUUAAUUCCUACAAAGAUAUCGAGAACAGAAUGGAAGAAGGAACAAGAAAUAGAACAGUAGCAGCGACUUUAAUGAAUGCCACCAGCAGCCGUGCUCACACAAUUGUUGGAGUUACUUUUCAUCAGAAAGGAAAGAACGCUGCAGGUCAAGAAACGACAAAAUCAGCCAUUAUAAAUUUGGUUGAUUUAGCUGGAAGUGAACGAGCUGAUUCUACAGGAGCUACUGGAGAUCGCUUGAAGGAAGGUGCAGCUAUUAAUCAGUCGUUAUCCAGUCUUGGCAAUGUUAUUGCAGCGCUUGCUGACAAGGCGAAUGGAAAGAAUGUUCGAGUUCCAUAUCGUGACUCUGUCUUGACAAAGCUGCUCAAGAAUGCUCUUGGCGGAAACAGUAAAACUAUCAUGAUUGCAGCUAUUAGCCCUGCAGAUAUUAACUUUGACGAAACAUUAUCAACUUUACGUUAUGCUGAUCGAGCUAAGCAGAUUAAGACCAGUGCGGUAGUUAAUGAAGAUCCAACAGAGAAAUUAAUACGCGAAUUACAGGAGGAAAAUGCCAAGUUGAAAGCGGCAUUAGAAAAUGGCGAAAUUCCAAAGGAUGAUGAUGAUGAGGACGAAAAAGCUGCAGAAGGAAUUUCGGAAGAAGAAAUUGCCAAAAUGAAAGAACAAAUGGAAGAAGAGCUACGAGCUAGGAUGGUAGAGAAUGAUCGAAGGCUUGAAGAAAUGAAUCAAUCAUGGCAGGAAAAAUUAGUUCUGGCUCAAGAAUUAUACGAGGAAGUAAAUAAAGCUGCCAUCUCCGUCAAAGAAGCUGCCAAAACAUCUCCACAUUUUUGGAAUCUAAAUGUUGAUUCUCAACUGUCGGCAAUGAUUAUCCACACUAUUAAUGAAGGAGAAAAUAUUAUUGGCAAUGGUUUAGGUGAUACUUCGCCAGCAAUCGAGCUGAAGGGUUUGAGCAUUCUAUCGGAACACGCAAUUGUAACCAGUAAGGAUGGGCAAAUUACCGUUCGUGCUUGCAAUAAUGCAAAAGUACUUUUAAAUGGUGAAACAGUUACCUCGAAAGUUAUUCUCCACCAUGGUGAUAGGGUUAUGUUCGGAUCAAAUCACUUAUAUGUUUUCCAUCACCCGUUGGAAUUGGAAGCCGCAAAGGCCAAUAAUAUCAGGCUGCCUACGGUAACUUAUGAAAAAGCACAAGAAGAAAUUGCUGCUGUGGCCGGAUUUGACAUGGAUACAUCAGAAAAAUCACGAGAGCAAUUGUUACUUCGAGAGGAGUUAAUUGAACUUUUGCCCAUGGUUGAAGAAGCAAAUGCAAUUAGUCAAGAAUUAGAUCGAAAAGUUGAUUUUGAAAUUGUUAUUCUCUCACCAGAGGCUCGCGGCUUGUCGAAAGGGAGACCAGAACCGUUCAUCAAGAUGACCAAUUUAGAAUCCAAGUUAGAUUGGCUAUGGCCAAUUAAUCGAUUUACUAAUCGAAAAUUUUUAAUGCAAGAAAUGUAUCAGAACUACAUCGAAGGAGAAGAUUGGACUCUACCAGAUGAACGAGAUCCUUUCACAGAGAGUGCUUCUACUGAUAUUUUCAUUGGUACCACCAUGGUAUACUUGGAAAGCCUUUCUUAUUUGAUUGAUAUGAGGGAGCACCUAACAAUUUCCGACUAUAAAGGGACCAAUAUGGGCAAACUUAGAGUAGAACUCAUUCCUUGUGAUGAAAAUGGAAAAGAAUAUGAUAUCGAUGCGGACAUCUUUGUCGAUAGCCCGUCUGAACUACUUGGGAAAAAAGUUAAUUUCCUUAUAAAUAUCAGCCAUGCCUUGGGACUUCCUAAUAAAUUCCUAGAAACUUGGUGUAAAUUCAAAUUCUAUUUAGACGAUUUACCAAUCACUACCGAAGUUAUUCAAAAUACAAGGAAUCCAGAAUAUAACUUUAAAAAGCUAGUCUCAUAUUCGGCAGCAACACAACAGUUGAUCGAUUACCUUACGACUGAUUAUCUGAUCGUAGAAGUAUGGGGCAGGUAUAAGGAACCUAGCAAAUCACAAAAUCGAAAUGCAGGUAUCAAGACCAAAGACAUGGUUAUGUCUAAAGUUCUCACUCGUGGCAAAUCGGUUAAAGCUAUGCAACCACAUGCUACUCAGGGCGGAAUGGAAAACUUUGCUAGAAUGGCUAAAAUGACUUUUGCGCAAAACACAAUGAAAAAGAAAUUACAGAGGCUGGAAAAUAAAAUGGAUCUACUAAAAAAAUUUACAAGCAUGGCAACAGAUAUGGAUCUAGAUACAGUUAUGCUAUCUCAAUUGAAAUCUUUGCUGAACACAACGAAUCCAUCAGCUGUUGCAGCUAACUUGCAAGUUGAGGUACCACCUAAGAAAAUUAAAAAGAGUGAAAGCGCAGUUGCAGGAGAAAGUACUGAAGGAGAUGGCGAAACUGCGACAUUAGAUACGCAGGCUGUCUCUCGAUUGCCAGCUACAUCUUCGCCUCCACCAUCAGCCCUACGUACAAAUGGAAUAAUCGAACAAUCACUAGCCGAAGGAGAUCCUCAACCCAAAGAUCAGCCAGAGACUUUGCCAGAAUCAGUUCUAGUAGAUGAUCAAGCUAAAACCAAUGAUCAUGCUGUAAAAGCUGACGAUAAUCAUUCAGAUUCUCAAUCCAAAGAUCAGCCUGAACCUUCGCCUGAAUCAGUUCCAGCAGAUGAUCUAACUAAAACCGAUGAUCGUCCUGUACAGGCUAAUGAUAAUCAUUCCUAUCAAUCGCCUAAAGAAGAUACGACACGAGAAACUAAAGUUGUUCAAGCGCAACCACAGCCGCCUCCUCCAGUCGAACUUCCUCCAGCUAGAGUUCAACAAUCCGCUUGCUGUAUUGUAUUGUAA